GUCCAGUAUAAAUACUAAACAGUAACCAACCACAGAGAAUCAAAAUCGUUUUUCCAAUGGGGGAAAAACAAUAAUGAAAUCGAAAAGAUAAAGUAACGGAAUAAACUGAAAGCGUACGCAGGAUAGAGGGAGGGAAGGAGAGAGAUGGUGGAGAAAGAAGCGGGAGAGGAUGACGGUGGCGCCACCACUGCCGCCGCCGCCGCUUCUUCUUCCAUGAGCUUCGACCUUCCGGAGGAAGUACUGCAAGUUCUGCCGUCGGAUCCAUUUGAGCAGCUUGACGUCGCCCGCAAAAUCACCUCCAUCGCCCUCGCCACACGCGUCUCCUCCCUCGAGGCAGAAUCCUCCUCCCUCCGCGCCCAGCUCGCCGACCGCGAUAACCUCGUCGCCGACCUCGAGUCUCAAAUUGAAUCCCUCGACGCCUCCCUCUCCGCCGCCUCCGACAAACUCUCCCUCGCCGACCAAGAGAAGGAUAAAUUGUUGAGGGAGAAUGCUUCGCUGUCCAGUAAUGUCAGGAAGCUCCAGCGCGAUGUCGCCAAGUUGGAGGUUUUCAGGAAGACGCUAAUGCAGUCGCUUCAAGAGGAUGAAGACAGCUCUGUGAAAAGCACUGGUGGCGGAGGAGGCGCUGCUGUAGGAGCUCAUCAUAUCAUCGCUAAGCCAACACCUAGCGAGGAUGAUACAAUGUUGCCGCCUUACAGAUCAUCUUCAACGGCGAGCCAGUUCUCAGAAGUGGGGAGCUCUUAUGCCGAGGAUCGCAGCUCAGAUGCAGCAUCAAGGCCUAGUGUUUCAAUGUCGAUGCUGCUAGCAUCUCAGACAAGCACACCGAAGCUGACACCGCCUGGCUCUCCUCCGAGCUUUUCAGCUAGUGUAUCUCCUACAAGAUCGUCUAAAUCCGCUUCACCAAGGCGAAGUACCAUGUCAUUUUCUACCUCGAGAGGGAUGCCUGAAGACAGGUUCUCGUCUCUCCCACCAAGCCAGUACAGUUCCGUAUCGAGCUCUGACACAGCAUCACAGACUGGAAGAGCUCGAGUUGACGGGAAAGAAUUCUUCCGCCAAGUUAGGAGCCGUUUGUCAUACGAGCAGUUCGGUGCAUUUCUGGCUAAUGUCAAGGAAUUGAACUCCCAUAAGCAAAGCAAAGAUGAAACAUUGAGGAAGGCAGAGGAGAUUUUCGGGUCGGAGAACAAGGACCUUUACGCCAUAUUCGAAGGAUUGAUCUCUCGAAGCAGCGUUCAUUGAAACACUCCCAUUACCAGGUUCCUGUAUCCAGAUGUUGUGUUCUUGCCCCCCGCCCCACAUUUUUUCUUCUCGGGUGUAAAUUCUUCGUCAUGUACACAACUCUCCUCUUCUCUGUCUUUCUCUCCACUUCCAUCGAUUAUGUGCAUGUUGUAUUACUUCACUGACUGCUAAAUUUUAAGCCUGAGAAAAGGAUCUCACUGAUAUUGGACGAAGGGAUACUUAAUAAUAAGUUAUUUUAUAAGGGGAAUUCCCUUUUCGCUGCAGUUUGCUUCGAGGUUUGGAAUACAGAAGGAUUCGAGGCUGUAAGUAUGAUAAUGAAUGAGGGUUAGUGCUUUGAUUAUUCAAUAAUAGACAAUUAGCAAACGGUAACAAGAUUGUGAUCAAGUCUAAGUCAGGCUGUCUGCACUUUCUUUGUGUUCCCAGUUGAGAUCUCUACUGCGUGUUGCUUCGGUUUGCUGAAGUUCCUCCUUCAAAACAGCUUUCUCACUUUUGACAGACUGAAGCUAAGGCUUUAUGGGAAUCUAUUAUCGGUUUCAUAACUUUCAUCAAUCCACAUUCACAUUUUUUCAAAGACAACCGAUUCUCACUUAUGCAUUGAUCUAAUAUUAUUGGUUAUUGGACUUAAUUUUAAUUCACA